AUGAGUGACUGGCUGUAUUACAGCCCAACAUGUGAAGAAAGAUCAGACUCACCUGAACCAAGCUGUGUGUCCAGGAGAAGUGACAGGUCCAUGGAAAACCCAGUACGGUUCAAAGAGGAAAACUUUCCAGCUGAGCACAGAUACAAAACUGCCUUUCCUGAUGAUGUCAUUAAGAAGCACAAAUCAGAACUGAAAAAGAAGUUGGAGUGUGUUGGGUUUCCUGAAGCUUUAGGAAAGCAGAGAAACCCUAUACCUCUCAAUGAGAUCUACACAGAGCUCUACAUUGUGCCAGGUGGAUCUGACGUCAACAAUGAACAUGAGAUCAUACAGAUUGAGACAGCAUCCAGGAGAGUUGCAAUAGAUGACAUGUCAGUCAAAUGCAACGACAUAUUUAAACCCUUACCUGGACAAGACGAACCCUUCAGAACUGUGCUGACAACGGGUGUCGCUGGCAUUGGAAAAACAGUCUCUGUGCAGAAAUUCGUUCUAGACUGGGCUGAAGGGAAAGCCAAUCAGGAUAUCCACUACAUAUUUCCACUUCCUUUCAGAGAGCUGAAUUUGAAGAAGGAUAAAAAACACAGUCUAAUAGAUCUCCUCAGUGGCUUUUUCAAGGAAGUGAAAGAAUUUGAUCUCUCUACCAAUAAGCACAAAAUUCUUUUCAUCUUGGAUGGCUUAGAUGAAUGCCGAUUCCAUCUAGACUUCCAGAAAAAUAGGAAGCUAGGUGAUGUAACAAAAGUAACAGAGCCAACAACAGUGGAUGUGCUGCUGACAAGCCUCAUUAAUGGGAACCUGCUUCCCUCUGCUCUAAUCUGGAUAACCUCCCGACCAGCAGCAGCCAAUCAAAUCCCUCCUGGAUCUAUUGACCAAAUUACUGAAAUACGAGGUUUUAAUGACCAACAGAAGGAAGAAUAUUUCAGGAAGAGAAUUUCUAAUAAGAACCUGGCUAACAGAAUCAUCUCACAUAUGAAAUCUGUAAAGAGUCUGUACAUCAUGUGUCACAUACCAGUAUUCUGCUGGAUUUCAGCCACUGUUCUAGAGAGAAUGCAAAUCAAAAAUGGACAAAUUCCCAAGACUCUGACUCAAAUGUACACGCACUUUCUGAUUAUUCAAAUGAGCAUGAAACAGGAGAAAUACAACGAGAAAAAAGAGACAAAUAAAAAAAUGAUUUUCAAACUCGGACGGCUGGCUUUUCAGCAACUGAUGAGAGGCAAUCUGAUCUUCUAUGAGGAAGAUCUGAGAAGAUGUGGCAUUGAUGUGAGAGAAGCAUCAGUGUACUCAGGAGUGUGCACCCAAAUCUUUAGAGAGGAGUCAGGGCUAUACCAGGGGAGGGUGUACUGUUUUGUACAUCUCAGCAUUCAAGAGCAUCUUGCAGCUCUAUAUGUUUAUUUGUCAUUUAUCACCAAGAACAAGAAUGUACUUAACAAAGAUGUAUCCUCUAAACUUGUAGCCAUGAUGAAACACUGUACCAUUUCACACUUGCUCAAGACAGCAGUGGAUAAGGCCUUGCAAAGUAAGAACGGACACUUAGACCUGUUCCUCCGCUUCCUUCUGAGUCUCUCACGGAGGUAUAAUCAGGCUCUUCUACUGCAUCUUUCGACACAUAUAGGAACCAGUUCACAGAGCCAUGCAGAGAUAAUUCAGUACAUCAAGGUGAAGAUCAGAGAGAAUCCAUCUCCAAAGAAAGCUAUCAAUUUGCUCUAUUGUCUGAAUGAACUAAAUGAGCAUUCACUUGUGGAGGAUGUCUACAAAUACUUGUACUCAAAAAAACGGAGUGCUUCAAACUUCCCAACUUCUCAGUGGUCUGCUCUCAUCCGUAUGCUACCUGCCUCAAAAGAGGAACUGGAUGUAUUUGACCUGCAAAAGUACGGAGAGAGGUUACCAGUCAAAGCAGAAGAUAUAUUCAUGUUGCUACCGCCAGUUGUCAGAGCCUCAAGGAGGGCAGAUCUGAGGAACAGCAAUUUUACAGAGAAAAGCUGUGAAGUUCUGGCUUCAGUUGUCAUCUCAAACUCCCCUAUUCUGAGAGAGCUGGACCUAAGUUAUAAUAAACUGCAGGAUUCAGGAGUGAAGUUGCUCUCUGCUGGACUGAAGUGUCCUCACAGUAAACUGGAGGUACUGAGGAUGAGGCUUUGUAACAUCACAGACAAAAGCUGUGCAGCUCUGGCCUCAGCUCUCAGCUCCUCCAGUCUGAGAGAACUAGACCUGUCUUACAAUGACCUGCUGAAUUCAGGAGUAAAGCAGCUCUCUUCUGGAUUAGAGAACCCCCACUGUAAACUGGAGAUACUGAGACUAACAAAGUGUAGCCUGACAGAAAACAGCUGUGCAGCUCUAGCAUUGGCUCUCAGCUUAGACUCCUCCAGUCUGACAGAGCUGGACCUGAGUAUCAAUCAACUGAAAGAUUCAGGGGUGAAGCUGCUCUUAGCUGGACUGGAUAACCCUCAGUGUAAACUUAAGGUGCUGAGGUUGAGCAGCUGUGACCUGACAGAGGACAGUUGUGAAUCUCUGGCCCUAGCCCUCAGCUCAAAUGCCUCUAAUCUGAGAGAGCUCAAUUUGAGUGACAAUAAACUGCAAGAUUCAGGAGUGCAGCUGCUCUUAGCUGAAGUUAAGAAUCCUCAUUGUAAACUGGAGAUACUGAGUUUGAGUAACUGUGAUCUGACAAUGGAAAGCUGUGCAAUUCUGGCCUCAGCUCUGAGCUCAAACUCCUCCAGACUGAAAGAACUGGACCUGAAUGACAAUAAUCUGCAGGAUUCAGGACUUAAAAAGCUCUUGCCCGAACUGGAGAUCCAUCAGCAUAAAUUAGAAAUACUGAGGUUGAGUGGUUGUAAUCUGACAAAGGAAAGUUGUGACGUUCUGGCCUCAGUUCUUAGAACUCAAAGGUCAAACUCGUCCAGCCUGAGAGAGCUGGACUUGAGUUACAAUAAACUGCAAGACUCUGGAGUGGAGCUGCUCUCAAGUGGAUUAAAAAGUCUUCACUGUAAAUUGGAAACAUUAAGGCUUAAGAGCUGUGGUGUCACUGUUGAAGGAUGUGCUUAUCUGGCUUCAGCUCUAGAAUCAAACCCCUCACACCUGAGAGAACUGGAUUUGAGUUUAAGCAGUCCAGGGGGGUCAGGCCAAAAUCCUUUGUUGUCUCUACAGGAAAAUCACCCAUAUAAACUGGAGAAACUAAUGUGA